AUGUCUUGUCUGUCUACGACAUGCACGCCUGAUUGGCAGGCCACCUCCGCUGACCGUCUCGUGAUAGUCCUCCACCGUUCCUCGACUUCGCCCAGUCCGACUUGUCAUCACCGCCAGAAUUUGCCCACCCAGACCACGGCACCGGCACGCAAAGCACCUGGAAACUGGACACGAACGAGCCUUACGAAUACCCAGUGUGCCACGCCGUCUCUUUGUUUAAUUGGGGCCGUGUUGCUUUCAAGUUUGCCGCCUAUUGUCUGA